AUGGCAGAAAACGAAGGGGAGGAGCUGCCGAUCCUGCUGCCGUGCGGGGUCUGCUGCAGGACGUUCCGGCCGGAGGUGCUGGAGAAGCACGCGCGGAUAUGCGAGAAGACGGCGGCCAAGAAGCGCAAGGCCUUCGACUCGGCCCAGCAGAGGAUCCACGGGACCGACCUGGCAGAGUUCCUGCCGGCCGCGGCGCCGGCGGAGAAGACGCCCGCGCCCGCCCGCAAGCCCGGCCUCGCGCCCAGGAAGAAGCAGCAGCGGGAGCCGGGGGCCAGGCCCCGGGACGAGCGCCCGGCCGUCGCCCGGCCGCUGGGCAGCGAGCGCUGCCCGCACUGCGACCGGCUGUUCGGCCCCAAGUCGUUCGACCGCCACGUGGAGUGGUGCAAGGAGCAGAGCACCCGGAUACCCAAGUCCCCGGCCGCCUCCAAGGCCAAGGAGCGGCUGGAAGCCAGGAUCAAGUACCGAGCGCCGGCCGUGAGGUCGCAGCGCGCCGUGACCCGGGAGAAGUACUCGCCGCUGGUCCGCAAGGCGAGCGGCCGGCUGCAGGACUUCAGUCCCAGCGCCGGCUACGGCUCCAACGCCAGCCUCGCCACCACCGUCAGCUCCGUCUCCGCCGUCGCCAGGGCGCCGGCCUCGUCGCCGCGGCCAAUGAGGGCCAACUCUGUGUUUGAGGCGGUCCAGCGAGUGAGUGUGCGUCAGAGGUCGGCAUCCCCCAGCAAGCGUACACCACUCAUCAGGACCAGGAGUCUGAUAGAGAGGACCGGGCAGCAGCCCCCGCCCGUGAUCCUGGGGGGCAAGGAGCCCCCUCGCGCCGGCAGGGCGCGCACUGCCGCGCCCCCUUCCUCCGGGGACCAGGAGAGCAGGUCUAGGUUCCCUCGAGUCCUGAGGGGCAACUUCACCACCCCUAACCUGCCCAAUUUCACAGUUAUUCUCGGUGAUCCAGCCCCGUCGGAGGACGGCUACGACCCGUACGUGUUCGCGGAGAGGCAGAUGAUGGAGCUGCUGUCCCACGUGAGCAGCCGGCGCGUGCCGGAGGUCGUCCGGCCCACGCCCAUGGCCCCCGCCGCCCUCGCCACCUCCCCCACCUCCGCCUUCACCAAGUACUCUGCCCCCGCGGGCCCGGAGGUGCCGCCCCCCGGCGGGGACGCCUUCCGGAGCCUGUCGCUCCUGCCGUCGUCGCCCGCGUCGCGCAUGCGCACCAAGUACCGCGCCAAGCUGGAGCGGGCCGCCCUCUCGCUGAAGCGGUCCGUGUCCCUGUUCCGCCCGCCCGCGGAGGGGGCCCGCCCCCAGGAGAGCCCGCCCUCCCCGGGCCCCUGCCCGGACGGCGGCGACGGCACGGAGGACGAGGAGCUGCUGGCGCACACGGCCGGGCUCAAGAUCAGCGCCGACUCGGCGUACAGCAGCCUGAACCGCCGGUCCCCCCGCCUGUCCCGGAGCCCGGAGCAGCCCGCGAGCAGCGCCCCGGACACGGACCUCCGUUGCCCCAGCCCCAGCGGCUCCGAGACGUCCCUCCCGCAGCUCUGCCCCUCGCAGGUGGGUCCGGGGCGGAGGAGCCCGCCACAGCCGCCCGCCAGCCCGCAGAACUGCCUCGCCAAGCUGUCCAAGUUCUGCCACGAGUGCGGCACCCGGUACCCGGUGUCCAUCGCCAAGUUCUGCUGCGAGUGCGGGGUGCGCCGGCUGGUGGUCUGAGUCCCCUCCCCGAGCCCCACUCGACGUAGCAUCACUCACCGACUCACCACUCUCCAUUCCCGCACGCUCGACACAACGCUGCAACGUUCCGGCCUCGUUAACCGCACUCACCACCGUCAUCUCACUCAUCUUCUUGCUCAUUCGUUUUUGAUACUAUUUGUAUUUUUGCUACUAAAAGUAUUAAGAGAAUUAUUUGUUGCAUGUUUUUUUAGUUCAGAUGUUUUUUCGAUUUGUGUGUUGAUUGACCAAAAAAAGUAUAUACAGUAACAGUAUUUAACAGGGUGCUAACUGCUAACAUAAUAUAAUAUGAUAUAGGCAGGUUGACUGGUUUGAAUUAAUUUUGCGUGUUUAAUUUUUUUUACCAAAGGGGAAUGGAUUUGCGACGAGAAUUUUUUUGGCCUAGACUAUAACCAGGCCACAAAGUUAUCUUUAAUACUAGGGAUUAGGAAUGAAAUUUGUUCAGCUGAGAAUGUUAUGAAAUGAAAUUAUAGUGCAAAAUGUUAUUUCCAUGUAUGUAUGUAGUAUUAUGUUUCUGAGCCAGAAGUAGCAUUUACAAGGAAGUUUUUUUAAUUACAGGUGUGCACCAACCUAGAAAAUGUGCAACCUACAAAUAAAAUGUACUUAGGAAAACUUCUGAUUGUGAUGCAGAAACAUGCUUGGGCAUUUGGCCUGUCAACUUGGUAUAGUGUUGGCGUAAUAUGUUAGACUGAUUCACAGCCAUGUUUUUGCUAAUUUUAAAUUGAUCCUUCCUUUAUGUGUGCUCUUCUAGGAUAUAAUUUUUAUGGGAACAUUCAUACAUGUUAAAAUGUUACAUUCAAAAUUGUAAAAAAAAGAAAUAAUGUCUAAAUUUUCCUGAGUUAAUCAUGGAACCUAGUGUUAGACCUAUUUAUGUUAUUAGAUCCAUGUGCUGUGCCAUAUUCUACGUUUUUUUUUUUGCUAGUUAUGUAUUUGUAUCUCUGCAUGUCUUGUGUAUCGUUUUAACUCUAGAACAUGCCUAUUUGCUAAAAUAUUAAUGUGUUUCUUUACAGUGUGUCUCAUUUUAUCACUUUUUUAGUGAUCUAUAGAGUAGGUAUGGAAUCCAUCACAUCUUGGUUUCGUAUGCCUAGAAAUGUGAGCCAAUAAUUUACACGACAAAAUCAGUGAAUGUUUCUUAAUCUGGCACAGUCAGGGCCACGGUCGUUCCGGACCAGUGAUUUGGCCGGAUUAUCGAACAUACAUUGAGUUUUGACGGGAAUACCGAAUGUGGAAAUGCGGAACUGUAACUUGCCGUAGAACAGUAAACGCUGUGCCGAAAUGAAAACUGACAAUACUGAUAAACUCCGUGCGAACCAAAAAAAAAAUGCAAGCUGCGCAGUCACCUGACAUGGCGUUUAAGGUUAGUAACCUAAACCUGCCUGAAAGAAUCGGAACGUGAGUGGCUCGAUUGUUGUUGGAUUACAUGCAUUUUAUGCCAGGUUAAAUAUCGUCACUGUACAAUGUGGGCGCAUACAAAAUGGAUAUGUGGGCAGACUGUUAGCUCAAGAGUAGGAAAAUGGAUAUGUGGGCAGACUGUUAGCUCAAGAGUUAAGUCCAGGAAAUAGUUGUUGUACAUCAGCGGUUUACAUAUGAAGCUUAGGGAUCUGCACCUUUGUGAUCUAUUUCUUUUGAAAAAUACGUAAACUUGAAAAUAAUCUUUAUUGGGAAUUUUUUUUUGUAAGUAUUUAAUUAAUUCAUGUAGCUUAAAUACUAUACAUUUUGUUUUUGUUCCUGAACUUUUUUUAAAUUUAUUUUGAAGUAAAUGUCUUUUUUUAGUGAAUGUAGAUAAAAAGCGCAGCUAAGUUUCCUGGUGAGCCUAGCUAGAGUUUUGAAAUUAAAAACUGGAAGAGCUGCUUUGUUGAUUUUAUGACUGUAAUUACAGUAGUUUUUUUCAGCAGUGUCAAACAGAUCUCCCCAUGUCUGAGGAGGGACCUUCAGCGACCAAGAUCGCUGAAUUGCGGCCCUCUUGAGGCACAUCACGACUUGUUUAUGAGCACUGUGGCUCAGGGCCGGAUCUACUGCCUGUGGGCCCCUAGGCUGAGUCUGUGGUGCGGGCCCUCUCUAAGAGGAAGGGGGGGGGGGGGGUUAUAUGGAGUAUCCCCUUCCAGUGAAACAGUGGGUGCCUCUUGCCUGGGUCUGGGUGGCUAGUUUAUUUCAAUUGACCUACAAAACUCAUAUUUUUGAUCAAUUUUCUAUUUUGAAAAAAAUUACGUAGUUUGAUAUUAAACUAGACAAUUUAAACCAAACAGUAUUUAGAGGUUAAGGAAUUAAGCGACACCAAAACCAAUGAAAAUAAUCAAAAAUUAUUUAUGCAGAAUAGUUCAGUUCAGCGCAAUUAAUCCACACAAAACAACUGGACAAUAUGUCGACGUGUAUUUUAAGAAUAUAAGAAGAUCCAAAUUGCAGCAUAAUUUCUUUUUAAUGUCGUGUGGUGCGGGCCCCCAUUUGUGGUGCGGGCCCAUAGGCUACAGCCUAGAUGGCCUGCGCGUGAAUACGGCCCUGCUGUGUUUGUAUCCAAGCAGUUCACAGGUCCUGUCACAUAACUAUGUGACCUACAAUAUAGCCUUAAGGAGCUGGCUUGGUUAGAGGUGUGUUUGUGUUAGUUGAGGCAGGACAAAAAGAAGUGUGACAUGCGCAGUCUCCUCAUCGUACGUAGGACAACUGGGAGACUUGAGCAGGGACCGUAUGGCUGAGAAAUGAAAAUAAAAGGCGUAGUGGUGUUUCGUGCCUGAAAAUUAUUCCGAAUACAUGCGUUGUAGCCAUUUUCACUGUUCACUGUUCUAAAAUUACAGUUUAAAAAAGGAAAUACGCAAUCAGAACUACUUAUUCACACUCGGCAUAAUCUUAAAUGCUUUUCAUAAAAAACACCUCACGUGAAUACAUAUCUGGAGCAGUUUUCAAAUCAUGUGGGUUUUUUUUUUCUUCUUUUUUUUCUGAAUCUCUGCACAUUGUAUGCGUGCUCAGUUAGGUGGGGCCCUUAACAUUUGCCCAUUUAUGUUAAUACUUUACCCAGAUUUCACUCGAUUAUUAAUCUCAGUUACAUGAACUCAUUCAUGCACAUUAUGUGCUCUCUGUAUUUGCAUUUUGUAGUUUUAAGUGUGAUGGUUUUACUAGCAGUAACUAUCACAUUAUCUUCUGAUCCUUGUUGGACCAUUUGGUUUGUGUGCUUAUAUUAAAUCUCCGGGGAGAAUUCUUGUAUUGAAGUAAAUAGUUUUGUUAGAAGCAUUCACUAUUUUAAAAGGAAUUUUGUAUUAUUUUUUGUUUUGUUUUUUUAGUGUUUCUAGUAUUGCUUGCCCACUUUUUAGUGAUUAUGUGAUUAUCACUGAUUUUUUCUUCUUUUUUUAAAAUCAGAUCAGAAGAAAAUGUGUAGAGAAUAUGUUGUCAAUAAGGCAUGGUUAGAAAAACUGUAUGAAUGUGUAACCAUUGUUUUGAUACUUUCCAUACAUUUUUUCAUCACUUAUAUAUAUUUGCUUUAUAUGCGUUAAGAAUUAUGCGUGCCAAGAAAACUUGAAGGAAAAGGACCUCGUUACGGUCACAGUCAGACCAUGCUGCUCAACGAGUUCAAUACAAGGUACCGAUCUCGGGGGAGAUCCCUCUCGUGGUGUUUCACGAAGCAAGCUACUCGGUUGAGCUUGUGUUUAUUUUUCUGUAUCUUGUUUCUCUUACGACAAGCAUUCCACCAAUGCCCCAUUCCUAGCCUGAUCUCACGUUAUCCGUUCUUCAUGCUAGCCGUGACAUGACCGGCAGGUAACUUUUGUAGAGGUUUCUUGUUUUACUGUUUUGUGGGGUACGUUUUUAUUCCUUCCCAUGAAAAUUAGUACUUUCAUUCUUAUGCUUCUCAAGUUUUUUUUUAUAUUUACGUUUUACAUGUUUACAUGUUACAAAUUUGUUUUUACAUGUAAAGGUGUGUUUGCUUUGGACAGGUCCCGUUGCAUUUUGGACACCACCCAAAAACAACAUCAGUGUGUAUAUUCCAAAAAAAUGGAAACGGCACGAGUUUCGACGAGAAUCGCUGUAAUAACACUGGGUGAAAAAUAUUACAUUUUUCAAAAUGCGGAAGAACCUUUCACAAACUUACCUAUUUAGGUUUGACGAUGAAAUGGUUCUGAUAGGAGCAGGGAUCGUGAAAUUCGCUAUUAGCUUCAUCACACACAGGUUCGUAAUUUUGUCAUGAAAUAUGCACUUUAAAAAAAUUAUCAUUGAUACUAUUUUUUUUUUGUAACUUGUGAGUGAAUUCUGACAGUUAUUCUUAGGCACAGAAAGCUGCUGUAAUGAAAAUGAAAGGAGACACUAACCAUUGAAAUUUACGAGUGCCUUGACUUCAUAAGUUACUUGGCCUUUUAAUAAAUGUUGUGUACAAAACAAUAUUGAAAAGUGCUCUUAUAGAAGGUAGAUUGAGCCUAGGUAAAUGUACUUAUAGUAUCCAAUUCACAGAACUUUCUAGGGAAAUGUGUAAAAAAUGUCACUACAUAUAUUGUUAAAGUUUCAAACAUGUUUAUAGAUGUGCUGUUUUUGAUGUUAAACUUAAAAGGCAUGAUAAAAUAAAAUGACAGGAAAAUUAUCUAUUUGGUGCAUGUGUACUGUUAAGAUUUAUCACCAAGUGCAACUUGAUGAAAUAUUUUCAUUAACUUUGGAAAAUGAAAUUAUAGAAGAAAAUAUGUCAUCAACUCAUCAUCAAUGUAAUCAUGUUAUGUAACAUUUUAAAGAUGUACACCACAGGAGUGUAUAAUCCCCCUGAAAUAAAAAAAAAAACCUUAACAUUCCCCCCAACAAAAGGAAAGAAUUUAAAAUAAACCAUGCAAAGAGAUUCUACACAGCAACCCCCCCCCCCCCCCUCCUUCCCAAUUCCAUUUCCUUUUAUCAGCCCGUAAGGAAGGAAAUUCUGCUUAAACUCCUGGUAAAAUAUGCUGUUUCUUAGAAUCGUCAGAAAGUUGCAAAAAAGUGUUUGAUGAGAUGGUCAAAUCACUAACGUUCUGCUGAAUUAUUGUUCUGAACAUAUGUUCUGUACUGGUAUGUAUUUUUCGUGUAUUGUGACCUAGCUAAUCAGUGUCGCAUCACACCAAGUUUGGGUGGAACUAAGAUCAUUAUGUCGUGCAAAAAAUUACUUUAAAAACAUCACCGCAAGAAAAAAUACUUAUUUAUGACAUUAACUGCACAGUAAAACUAAUUGUGAGUCGUACAAUUUAAAGUCAUUUUGCGACAGUUAUCAAAAUAAUUUUAAAAUAAAAUAAAUAUACACAUUAUGUAGUGAAAAAUCAUAAAUUAUUGCAGACACAUUUUACUUAUGAUCUGUAGGAAUUUCAUUAGAUGUUAUACUUCCAUCAGUCUUGUAUUUAGAACUUAAUUUACAACAUAAAAUAUUUAUAACUUGAAAUAUAUGUUUUUCAUGGACACAUUUUACACUUAUGAACGCUGAGGUUUAUAGUUUGUAAAACAUACUCCUUAAAUGCUUACUAUUUUGAUUUUUGAGCUAUAAAAGUGUUUCAACAUUCCUUGUUUGUAAUUGCAAGAAAAAUAAACUGUGUUCCUGCAUGGAUGAAAAUGAUAUUGCCAAGUACCUAUAUUAAUAUCAUUAGAAUUAAAUCUCUGAACCUUGUCCUGAAUUUGUUCAUAAUAUGUAAUUUAUGAUUAUACUUUCAACCUUAAGCUAGAGACACAUUUUCAGAGAGUUAAAUGUGAUAGUACACCUAACUCCAGAUUGUAACAAGAGGUUUAAGUUGUGUCUUUCUGUUUCUUAACAUUGAAAUUAGAUAUAAUUAUGGUAUAACCGGCCAUAACUCUAGUACCAUGUGUGAUAUUGACUUGUUUGAUUGAAAUUCCUUAUUAAUACAACUACAUAUGUAUUAUUUUUGGUACCAUUGAAAUUAAUGUAACAAAAGACAUCACAGUAUAUGAUUUUCAAAUAAAAUAAUCGUAACAAGUGAUUUAAUUAAAAUUGUGUUUUAUUGAAACCCAGAUGUGUGGC